GGAUGAAGGAAAAGUUUGGUUUGUUGAUUUAAAACUAUCAUAAAAAGUAUCAUGGCGUCACACACCCAUGUGGACAAUACCGUUAACGAACGUCGUUUACGUCCGAUAUACGAUUGGUUGGAUAAUGGAAAUAAUAAGAAAGCACUUCAAGAAGCGGAUAAAGUGCUCAAAAAGCAACCAAGCAAUCAGUGUGCCAGAGUACUUAAAGCCUUGGCUUUGUUACGACUUGGUAAAGAAAAUGAAUGUCAAAUUAUUAUGGAUAAAGUACGUUCAGAGGUACCUUGCGAAGACUCUACUCUACAAGUUAUGAGUAUUUGUUACAGAGAAAGACAUCAACCUGACAAAAUUAGUGAAGUAUACGAAGCUGCAGCAAAAGCGGAUCCCAACAAUGAAGAAUUAUUAACGCAUCUUUUUAUGUCUUACGUUCGUCUCGGGGAUUAUAAAAAGCAGCAACAAACAGCGCUUGCUUUAUAUAAAUUAAAACCAAAAAAUCCUUAUUAUUUUUGGGCUGUGAUGAGCAUAGUUAUGCAAGCCGUGCACGCGGAUGAGAAACUAGCGAAAGGAGUUACCUUACCUCUAGCAGAAAGAAUGGUACUAAAGUUGAUUAAAGAAGGAAAAAUGGAAGCAGAACAAGAAGUACAACUGUAUUUAAUGAUAUUAGAGCUUCAAGGCAAAAGUGAAGAAAUGUUAAACGUAUUGUCCGGACCUUUAGCUUCGCAUCUUUCGUCCGUUCCGCAACACAAAGCAGCGCUUUUACUAAAAUUGGAACGUUAUUCUGAAGCAGCCGAUGCGUAUAAAGAACUCAUCAAUGAAAAUAUCGACAACUGGGCAUAUUACAAGGACUAUCUUCUUGCUGCGCUCAAAUUUCAAAAGCCAGAAGAGUGUUUAAAUUUUCUCGAUAAAGUUAUAAGUACAUCAGAGAAAAAGGUACGAGCUCCUUAUCUUGCAAAAUUUGAAUUACUAAAACGUACUCAUAGUGGAGAAGUCAUUGAAAAUUGUGUUGAGUCAGUAGAUUUAAUGCAACAGUAUUUCUCACAAUUUGGAGAAAAGGGAUGCGUUGUUGGAGAUUUGCGACUUUAUUUAGAUCUGUUAACUCCUACAGGCAAAUCGCAAUUACUUCAAAAAAUAGAAGAAGAUGUAGGCGUUAAAUCGGAAGAAUUUCCAAGUACCAUACAACAAAUGCAAAAACACAUUCACUUGGAACAACUACGACGUAUUUGUGGUUUCCAUCAUCUUCCAAAUGCCGAUAUACAAAAACAGAAACAAUUGGUAGAACGAUUAUGUAAAUUAUACGAAAAGGGUAACGAAUUAUGUCCAAUCGAGGAAAGACUACCAACUGAUUUUUGCCCUGCAGAUUCUUACAUACUUUUAGCUACACAUUUGUUACACGAAUUAUGGUACAAUACAAACGAAGCAGUUUAUCUUUACAGGGCAAUGGCGUUAUUAGAGCGCGGUUUGUUAUCAAGCCCUGCAAAUUUUCAUAUAAAAAUUUUACUAGUACGAAUAUAUUUAGAAGCUGGAUUGGUAGGCGCAGCCGAUCAUAUUUUCACGUUGUUGGACGUUAAACAUAUUCAAUUAGAUUCGUUGGGUUAUUUACAUGUGCCAUUACUCGCUUCGCUUGGCCACCUUUCGUUAGCUUCCAUAACCUUAGAUCACGCUACUAAAUUUUUCAUUGCAAAUUACAAAGAUAGUGCGGAUCAUUUAACGUUCGCUUAUAAAUAUGGAAGUUUCGUAAAGAUUCAAGAAUUCGUGGAAUUGAGAGAACGUUUGGAGAAUUCUUUUCACUUUGUCAUGACCACUUUAGAUAAAAUGCUGUUGGAAUUAAGCUGGUGCAAUAGUUCAGCGACUCUGAUCUCUACGUUAAGUAACAUGGAUAUACAGCCUAAAGAGGAUUCGGUUCGUUUGAAGUCUCUACGGGAUAACCGUGACUUAGAGGUCGUUCGUGGAUGGGAACCGUUGCCGGUAAACGAUGAAGAUCCUCGAAUGCAAGAAGAAACGCGUGCUUGCAUGUUAAAAUUACUUAUAGCAAGAAAUUUAAUAUUAAAGAUUAUAGCGGCGUGUGUGACGCCUGAUAGUUCUUCCCUUCUUACUCGACUAUCCGGCGAGCUGAAACAGUUGGAUAACGAACAGAUUCCUCCGGUUCUUCAAAAGUUUGAACCAGAGGGGAAGAAUAAAAAUAGACCGUGUAAAAUAUUAGUUCCUAUGGAUGCGGUGGAAAGGUUACGCGAAGCUCAUUAUUCCGAACAAUUAAAAACAAUUGCUCGACUUGUCGAAUCUCUCGCUAAUUCUCGUUACCCUGAUUUUGAAUGCAUUCAAAUGCUUCGCGCCUCUCCAUGCCUUCAGACAAUAGACAUCCCUGAAAAAGGAGUUCCAGUGUCUUUCAAGCAUUUUUUACUGAGAGCGUCCACGUGUAGUGAAUCUCUUGCAAUUAUCAGUGCCAUAUGUACUUUGUGGGCGACACAGUUACAACCUCAGGCUUCGCAGAAGAAAAAUAAAAAGAAGUGUAACAAGCAGAUAACGUCAAUUUCGUUAAACGAUAAUGAUCAUAGUUGGAAAGAAGUUGCAACGUUACUUUCAGAGAGGGUAGAAAAUUUAGAUUCAAUGCUAACAGAAUUUGAAAAAUAUCAGCUUCAUACGGGACUAGAUAACGAAGACGAUGUAUGUGCAGCGAUAAUCAAACACGGACAAGCCAGUCUUGGACAAAGUUGCAGAUCAUUGAAAUCUCGAGCUCAAAUCACGUUAAAACUUUUGGGCGGUUUAAAAAGCUGAAAACUGUACAAACAUUCUUGUACAAAGAAUAUCCAUCCAACCAUUUACUAAUUUUCAAAGCUAACUCAUUUAUUGUGUACAUAAUUCUUAGUCCUAACCAAUUAUAAAUAUCGACUGAAUUGUUUAUUGCAAAUUGAAAUGAUUUGAAUUGUUUUCAUUUCAUAUUAAAUUCAUCAACAUUUAGUAAUUUAAUAGUUCUUGAAUGAUUUUUCUUUUAAUAUUUUCACCUAGAAACGGAACACACUGCCACCUUAUCUGGAGUUGUAUUUAAAAAUAACAAAAUACAGCAUUUAUAAGAUUUA